AUGUCUACCUCUGACACUAAGAAGAAGGAUCUUCUUGAGACCCCUAGGAGAGAAACCUGUCCCCUUGAGCCAGGUAAACCGAACCCUAAUCAAAUUGGCCCGGACCAAUGUGCGCUUCUACAUUGGCGGAACCGGAACUAUUUUGAGGAUCUCUACGGUGAGGAGAUAGACAAGACGGUCGAAGCAAUACGCGAAACAAAGAAAUUGCUGCGUAAAAUGGGGCCUAAAAUCGAUAGCAACCAAACGUUGAGACCCGACGCGACGACAGUGGGAAGGACAAUUCAGAAAACACAUCCUGAGACCGAGAAGUUAAAGAAUCGAUACGACAACGUGUUCGAGAAGCAGGAGGAAGAGCUCGAUGCCAGGCUCGACGCACUGGAAGAAGAGAAGGAAGCCAAAAAGCUCGAAGAAAAGCUUGCGUACGAGGAUCAUUGUCCUGAUGAGCCUCGUGGGAGUUAUAAGAGGUGGACUGGAAACGAUUUCAGUGAAGACGAAGCAAGUGAAGGAAUUUUCACCACCGAUGCCGACGCAGAGGCUGAUUCAGAUUGA